CAUUAUUUGGUGGUAAAGCGUUAUUUGGUGGUGAAGCAUUAUUUGGUGGUGAAGCAUUAUUUGGUGAUGAAGCGUUAUUGGGUAGUGAAGCGUUAUUGGAUGAUAAAGCAUUAUUGGGUAGUGAAGCAUUAUUGGGUG